CUAUCCAAAUUUAAACCCAGAUUUACCAGUCCAUCUAUAAUCGACGGCUUGCCUCAUUAGACGGACUCAAGACGGACUGGUCACCAGUCUACCUACACCAUGGGCCGUCGCAAACGCGCUACCUCUGUUUCAUCGUCCUCAAAACCCGACAGUUCUAGCUCAUCCCAGUCUGUAGUAGCUGUACCUCCGAAGAAGAUCUCGAAGAAAGUCACCCGGCCAAAAAAAAGGCGCCGUUCAUCUGAUGAUGAGGAGAAAGUGACGAAUAUGGAGCCUGAGACUGACCCUCACGAAGAAUUUGUUGCUGCAUCGCGUUGUAUAGCGCGCUGCAUUGACGUGUUUUGUAAGACAGAACAACUUAUCACUGUAGGUCUUUCUCUGCAGCAGCGUGACGCUGCAGAGAAUGGUGAUUUCUUGGAAGACGAAGAUCUCCGGGCUAGUCGCAACAAGCGACUCUCGAAAAUGUCACCUAAGGUCCAAGAGCGAUAUAAGAGGAAUUUCGCUCGGCUGCUUCAACUCGCUCCGAGCUUGAAACCUCUACUUGGCGACCCUCGGAAAGCCUCAGAACUUAAUGCCAUCACCAAGAAGAUGGAUGCUACUAUCUCGGCUACUCGUUCUGAGGAUACUUCACGCCUGAAGAGCCAAAUCGGCCAUUAUGCGGCCUUCAACACUAAGGAUCACGCAAUAUGUCCAGCUAUAUACAACGGAAGUGGUUCACGUACUCACAUGGGUAUCAACCAUCCUGUUCUAACGCGCUUUCUCUGUCCGGUCAGGGAACUUAAGAGAUUUUCAGAGGACGCCGACAAGGCACUUAAAGACAUACAGUGCGGCAAGGUUAACUUGACCGCAUCCGCACUUCCCGCAUUUCUAUGGGCCGGAGACCCACCAGGUAAAGACUACGACGAUGACAACAUGUUCGAAGGCAUGUUUGAUGGCUACUUAUUGGAGCGGACUAUGCGGCACAUUUUUACAAGUCCCUCAAGUGCAUAUGGGGGAGAGACGCGUGCGACACGCACCUGCAACGCUGCUCUACACAACAUGACCACAGUGGAAGCAGCGCAUAUAGCCUAUGGUUGUUUACAGGUUCGUUUUGGUAUCAGCGCUAAGAACGCUUGGUCCGAAAUUGAUGGUGCUUUCAACUACCGGGACUUCUACAACAAUGUCGUCGAGCUUAUCGAAGAUUCACCUGAUCCGGAAUGGAAGGAAGAAUUCCUCAAAGCUUGGAACGUGAAACUAUUCAAGAAUGAGGAAGGCCGUGACAGCAACAGGACUCAAGAUAAUGACAAAGUCUCUGCCUCUCGUGAAAAUAGAGAUAACGACUUAACGAGAUUCCACGCUCAAAUGGCAGCACGUCGUGCAGCGAAGGUAGUCCUAACUCCAGCUCCACCCCAUGAGCCGACUCCAGCCCCUUCUACUCGCGAGCCAACUCCACUUCCACCUCCCCUUGCUCCUAAACCUAAGUCAGUUGCCAAGCCAAAGUCAGCUGCCCCUGCUUAUUCUGUACAUGCCGCGUCACAUGCCCCAAGUGAUCUGACAGAGGCUGAGUAAGGAUUCCGAACCCGUCCAGAUUGCGGCCAAACGCAAGACUAAGAAGGCUGGCAGCUGUUCAACAAAGC